GAAUCUCAGUGGCUGAGUUUUAUGACGGGCCCGGUGCUGAAGGGCAGGGAACAUCUGAUGGUGCUACUUUGAACUGCUUUUCUUUUCUCCUUUUUGCACAAAGAGUCUCAUGUCUGAUAUUUAGACAUGACGAGCUUUGUGCAAAAGGGGACCUGGUUACUUCUUGCUCUGCUUCAUCCCACUGUUAUUUUGGCACAACAGGAAGCUGUUGAUGGAGGAUGCUCCCAUCUUGGUCAGUCCUAUGCGGAUAGAGAUGUCUGGAAGCCAGAACCUUGCCAAAUAUGCGUCUGUGACUCAGGAUCUGUUCUCUGCGAUGACAUAAUAUGUGACGAACAAGAAUUAGACUGUCCCAACCCAGAGAUCCCUUUUGGAGAAUGUUGUGCAGUUUGCCCACAGCCUCCAACAGCUCCUCCUCGCCCUCCUAAUGGUCAUGGACCUCAAGGCCCUAAGGGAGAUCCAGGCCCUCCUGGUAUUCCUGGGAGAAACGGUGAUCCUGGUAUUCCAGGACAGCCAGGUUCCCCUGGUUCUCCUGGCCCCCCUGGAAUCUGUGAAUCAUGCCCUACUGGUCCUCAGAACUAUUCUCCCCAGUUUGAAUCAUACGAUGUCAAGUCUGGAGUAGUAGGAGCAGGAAUUGCAGGCUACCCCGGGCCAGCUGGUCCCCCUGGCCCUCCUGGUCCCCCUGGGACAUCUGGUCAUCCUGGCUCUCCAGGUUCUCCAGGAUACCAAGGUCCCCCUGGUGAACCUGGGCAAGCUGGUCCUGCAGGCCCCCCAGGACCCCCUGGUGCUAUAGGCCCAUCUGGUCCUGCUGGAAAAGAUGGGGAAUCAGGAAGACCUGGGCGACCUGGAGAACGAGGGUUGCCCGGACCUCCAGGUAUGAAGGGUCCAGCUGGCAUGCCUGGAUUCCCUGGUAUGAAAGGACAUAGAGGCUUUGAUGGACGAAAUGGAGAAAAGGGUGAAACAGGUGCUCCUGGAUUAAAGGGGGAAAAUGGCCUGCCUGGUGAAAACGGAGCUCCUGGACCCAUGGGUCCAAGAGGAGCUCCUGGUGAAAGAGGACGGCCAGGACUUCCCGGAGCCGCAGGGGCUCGAGGUAAUGAUGGUGCUCGCGGAAGUGAUGGACAACCAGGUCCCCCUGGUCCCCCUGGAACUGCAGGAUUCCCUGGUUCCCCUGGUGCUAAGGGUGAAGUUGGACCUGCAGGAUCUCCUGGUUCAAGUGGCUCCCCUGGACAAAGAGGAGAACCAGGACCUCAGGGACACGCUGGUGCUCCAGGUCCUCCUGGCCCUCCUGGGACCAAUGGUAGUCCUGGUGGUAAAGGCGAAAUGGGUCCCGCUGGCAUCCCUGGAGCUCCUGGACUGAUAGGAGCCCGGGGUCCUCCUGGACCAUCUGGAACCAAUGGUGCUCCUGGACAGCGAGGUGCUGCAGGUGAACCUGGUAAAAACGGUGCCAAAGGAGAGCCAGGGCCACGUGGUGAACGUGGUGAAGCUGGUUCUCCAGGUAUCCCAGGGCCUAAAGGUGAAGACGGCAAAGAUGGUUCGCCUGGAGAACCUGGUGCAAAUGGACUUCCGGGAGCAGCAGGAGAAAGGGGUGCUCCUGGGUUCCGAGGACCUGCUGGAGCGAACGGCCUUCCAGGAGAAAAGGGCCCCGCUGGGGAGCGUGGUGGUCCAGGCCCUGCAGGGCCCAGAGGAGCUCCUGGAGAACCUGGCCGAGAUGGUGUCCCUGGAGGUCCAGGAAUAAGGGGCAUGCCUGGAAGCCCAGGAGGACCAGGCAGUGAUGGGAAACCAGGACCUCCCGGAAGUCAAGGAGAAAGUGGCCGACCAGGUCCUCCAGGCCCAUCUGGUCCCCGAGGUCAGCCUGGCGUCAUGGGUUUCCCUGGUCCUAAAGGAAAUGAUGGUGCACCAGGCAAGAAUGGAGAACGAGGUGGUCCUGGAGGUCCUGGCCCUCAGGGUCCUGCUGGGAAAAAUGGUGAAACUGGACCUCAGGGCCCCCCAGGACCUACCGGGCCAGCUGGUGACAAAGGAGAUGUAGGACCCCCUGGUCCACAAGGAUUACAAGGCUUACCAGGAACCAGUGGACCUCCAGGAGAAAAUGGAAAACCUGGAGAACCAGGUCCAAAGGGUGAAGCUGGUUCACCUGGAACUCCAGGAGGCAAGGGUGAUUCCGGUGCCCCCGGUGAACGUGGGCCCCCUGGAGCCUUGGGGCCCGCUGGACCGAGAGGUGGAGCUGGCCCCCCUGGUCCCGAAGGAGGAAAGGGGCCUGCUGGUCCCCCUGGGCCACCUGGCGCUGCUGGGACUCCUGGUCUGCAAGGGAUGCCUGGAGAAAGAGGAGGUCCUGGAGGCCCUGGUCCCAAGGGUGACAAGGGUGAACCAGGCAGUUCAGGUACUGAUGGUGCUCCAGGGAAAGAUGGUCCAAGGGGUCCUACUGGUCCCAUUGGUCCUCCUGGCCCAGCUGGCCAGCCUGGAGAUAAGGGUGAAGGUGGUGCCCCUGGACUUCCGGGUAUAGCUGGUCCUCGUGGUGGCCCCGGUGAGAGAGGUGAACAUGGGCCUCCAGGACCUGCUGGCUUCCCUGGUGCUCCUGGACAGAAUGGUGAGCCCGGUGCUAAAGGAGAAAGAGGUGCUCCUGGUGAGAAAGGUGAAGGAGGCCCCCCUGGAGUCGCAGGGCCCCCCGGAGGUUCUGGGCCCGCUGGUCCCCCUGGUCCCCAGGGUGUCAAAGGUGAACGUGGCAGUCCUGGUGGUCCCGGUGCUGCUGGCUUCCCCGGUGGUCGUGGUCCUCCUGGUCCUCCUGGUAAUAAUGGGAACCCAGGCCCCCCAGGCCCCAGCGGUACUCCAGGCAAGGAUGGGCCCCCUGGUCCACCUGGUAGCAGUGGUGCUCCUGGAAGCCCUGGAGUGUCUGGACCCAAAGGUGAUGCUGGCCAGCCUGGUGAGAAGGGAUCUCCUGGCGCCCAGGGCCCCCCGGGAGCUCCAGGCCCACUUGGCAUUGCCGGGAUUACGGGAGCUAGGGGUCUUGCAGGACCACCAGGCAUACCAGGUCCCAGGGGAAGCCCAGGCCCGCAGGGUGUCAAGGGUGAAAGUGGGAAACCAGGAUCUCCUGGGCACAAUGGAGAACGUGGUGCUCCUGGACCCCAGGGUCUUCCUGGUCUGGCUGGUGCAGCUGGUGAACCUGGAAGGGAUGGAAACCCAGGAUCAGAUGGUCUGCCAGGCCGAGAUGGAGCUCCUGGUGGCAAGGGUGACCGUGGAGAAAACGGCUCUCCUGGUCCUCCUGGUGCUCCUGGUCAUCCAGGCCCACCUGGCCCCGUCGGUCCGGCUGGAAAGAAUGGUGACAGAGGAGAAACCGGCCCUGCUGGUCCUUCUGGGGCUCCAGGUCCUGCUGGCUCCCGAGGUGCUCCUGGUCCCCAAGGCCCACGUGGUGACAAAGGUGAAACAGGUGAACGUGGUUCUAAUGGCAUCAAAGGACAUCGAGGAUUCCCUGGUAAUCCAGGAGCCCCAGGUGCUCCAGGUCCUGCUGGUCACCAAGGUGCAGUUGGUAGUCCAGGACCCGCAGGCCCCAGAGGACCUGUUGGACCCAGUGGGCCCCCUGGCAAAGAUGGAACAAGUGGACAUCCAGGUCCCAUUGGACCCCCGGGGCCUCGAGGUAACAGAGGUGAAAGAGGAUCUGAGGGCUCCCCAGGUCACCCAGGACAACCGGGUCCUCCUGGACCUCCUGGUGCCCCUGGUCCAUGCUGUGGUGCUGGUGGGGGUGUUGCCUUCGCUGGUAUUGGAGGUGAAAAAGCUGGCGGAUUUGCCCCAUAUUAUGGAGAUGAACCAAUGGAUUUCAAAAUCAACACCGAGGAGAUUAUGACCUCACUCAAAUCAGUCAAUGGACAGAUAGAGAGCCUCAUUAGUCCUGAUGGGUCCCGUAAACACCCGGCUCGGAACUGCCGAGACCUGAAGUUCUGCCAUCCUGAACUCCAGAGUGGAGAAUAUUGGAUUGAUCCUAACCAAGGCUGCAAGUUGGAUGCUAUUAAAGUAUUCUGUAAUAUGGAAACUGGGGAAACAUGCAUAAAUGCCAGUCCUGUGAAUGUUCCACGUAAGAACUGGUGGAUAGAUUCUGGUGCUGAGAAGAAACAUGUUUGGUUUGGAGAAACCAUGGAUGGUGGUUUUCAGUUUAGCUAUGGCAAUCCUGACCUUCCUGAAGAUGUCCUCGAUGUCCAGCUGGCAUUCCUCCGACUUCUCUCCAGCCGGGCCUCCCAAAACAUCACGUAUCACUGCAAGAAUAGCAUUGCAUACAUGGAUCAGGCCAGUGGGAAUGUAAAGAAAGCCCUGAGGCUGAUGGGUUCAAAUGAAGGUGAAUUCAAGGCUGAAGGGAAUAGCAAAUUCACAUACACAGUUCUGGAGGAUGGUUGCACUAAACACACUGGGGAAUGGGGCAAAACAGUCUUCGAAUAUCGAACACGCAAGGCCGUGAGAUUACCUAUUGUAGAUAUUGCACCCUAUGAUGUUGGUGGUCCUGAUCAAGAAUUUGGUGUGGACAUUGGCCCCGUUUGCUUUUUAUAAACCAAACUCUAUCUGAAACCCCAGCAAAAAAAUUCACACCCAUAUGUGUUCCUCUCGUUCUAACCUUGUCAACCAGUACAAGUGACCAACUCGAUUCCAGUUAUUUAUUUCCAAAAGUUUUGGAAAAAGUAUAAUUUGGCAAAAAAGGAUACUUUUUUUUUUUGCUGUUACACCAAAUACAGUUCAAAUGCUUUUUGUUCUAUUUUUUUACCAAUUCCAAUUUCAAAAUGUCUCAAUGGUGCUAUAAUAAAUAAACUUCAACACUCUUAAAAUAACACUGUGUUACAUUCUUUGAAUCCUAGCCCAUUUGCAGAGCAAUGACUAGGCUUACCAUUAAAAGAUAACCUUUCUUUCUGAAAUAGUCAAACAUGAAAUUAGGAAAGACCUCCCUGUUUCAACUACCUCAACCUGGUCAGAAAUACAGAUGAAUUCUAGAAGUCCUGGAAGACGAGAAAAAUUAUAUAAAUCGGCAAAACUUAUGAAUUUCAUUCAUUCACUUCCCAAAAAAGUGAUAGCAUAAGAAAAAAGUAUAGCAUAAGAAUUUAAGGAAAUAUUUUAAAAUCCACAUUUGAAUCUUGGAUACCAACUGCUUUUAAAGGUGCUUUUCUCUUUUCUUGUCAUUGCUGAAACGAUCAAGAUUACUGAUAUUUGGGAAGGCUUUGAAGACACAUAUUAUGGUGCUAAUGUACUUUCACUUUAAAAACUCUAGGUCAGAGUUGUUGCCUUGCCUUCAAAACAUAAAUGCACACCAUCUGUACAUGUCUCCUGUCAAAAAGAUUUAUUGGCGUGUCUCUCUCUUGAUCCUGUAAAAGUCAACAACAAGAAACAAAUGAGGCUGCUGUUGUCACAGUAACACAGAGAAUGUGUUGAAACUUAACUUUGUAAACUUGUAUGUGGUUGUUGAUCUUUUUUUCUUACAGACACCCAUAAUAAAAUAUCAUAAUAAAACA